GUAGAGUGGCCCCUGCACUCGCUUGUCGCCCCGCGCUCCUCGACAGUCAGGGCAGAGUCCGGCAUCCGAUGGCGAAACCACCUUCCCCCAGGCAGCCGAUGUCCCGCCGAGCAGCUGCAGCGGUGGACGCAGCCUCCUGGUACUGCGCUGUGGCGGUGGUCGCCCUCAUCUUGUUGGCGCUCUUCCAUCAAGACCGGCCGGGCGGAGCAGUAGCCGCAGAGGCAGCGGUGGCCGUCUCGGGCCGGCCCUGCGACGAGAUAUACGUGGUCGAGGAAGGGGAGACGCUGCACACCAUUAGCGACAGGUGUGACGAUCCUUUCAUUGUGGAAAGGAAUCCUCACAUCCACGACCCCGAUGAUAUCUUCCCCGGUCUUGUUAUUAGGCUCUCUCCUUCCACCUCCACCAGGAGGUGAUGGUGUUUUAGCUCAAUGGCUUCCUGUGUUUCUCCUUUUUCUCAAUGUGAAAAUCCAGUCUAGCUGGGAGAAAUAAUCAUAUAGAGAAAGAACAAAAAGGGUAAUAAGAGAUACAAUUCGACAGCUCCA